AUGGACCGAAUUGAUCCACAAUCACCCACCCAAGAUCUUUUCACUGUGAAGGAUUUAGAGCUGACUGAGGGGCUUUUCUUCCCACACUUCAAAUUGUCACCCAUUCCUCACGAGGCGCUGCCGGAACACGUCCAUUAUGCAUGUUGCCAUCUCGUCUAUCAUCUCACCCAAGUUCGGAAGCCACUGGAGGCACCCAAUAGGUCUGUUAACAUAUUUCUCAACGAGCAAAUAAUGUACUGGGUGGAAGGUUGCAUCAGCAUAUCAUCGUUCCAUGAAUGGGCCAAGUUGAGCGUUGAUUGGACCGCCAAAGAUGUCAUUCACAUGCCGGUCGAAGUGCUUAGCAACGUGAGCGGAGAUCUUGGGUUCUUUUCGAGAUUGCAGGAGGCGUAUGAGUCGGCAGAUGAUUCGGUUUCGUUGUGCCGUCACCUUACGUCUGAGGACCCAAUGUCCUUAUACACCCCUGAUUUGGGUCGAGCGCUCAGGUCUCUUUUCGUAACACUCAACAAUCUCAGGCGGCAUCCCGGGGCGCUCGCAGUGAUCAAGGAAAUUGUCAAACUCUGGCGCAAGCUAGUUGCUUUCUAUCCAAUCUCACACCCAGGAUUUGGCUCGAGCACUUGGGAAUCCUUUUGCGCCACUUGA